AUGGUGCCCAAAUGCUUGGGUGAGCUUCAGGCGUACUUGGACAAGCAUCCGAUUCGAUUCAAUCUCGUGGCGGUCAUUCUGCUCCUUCCGGCGGUCAGUGCAGGAACACUUCUGCGGGCCGUAGUAUCCGCCGUGGUCACGAGGCAAGGUUUAGUGCUCUCUGCCACCUUUGUGGCCAUACGCAUUGUCGCGGAGUGGCUUGGAAACCUCUACACCUUCUUCUGGUACGUGCAGACUUCUGCGAUCUCCAAGCUGGAAGGGGCUCAAAGCUGGAGUUCUGCAGGUUCUUGGUUGGUGCUGGGCUCCGUUGCGUCGUUGAUCUUGGGACUGCUGACCAUGCUGGUCAUGAUGGCCCUCGCCGAGCCUUUGCUGCGGCUCUUCUCCCCCGCCUCCGUCGACGAUGCGUCGAUCAUGGUGUCCAUCGGGAUGAUGGCGCAGCUUGUCAUUGCGACUCUCGUGCCAGCGAGGGUGUGCAUCUCCAACUUCUCCGGUGUUGGCUUGGCUCAAUCUGGCAGCAAUCUUGUCCUGAUCGUUGCAGUUUACCUUUCCAUCUUCCUGGCGAUCUCAGCCGCUGUGUCCAUCCAGAUUGGGCUUAUGAACGGAAGCGGCUGUGAGCAGGAAAUUGUUGAGGCCAACUUGACUGCACAUCAGGCAGCCCAGGCCAACGGCUGGAACAGCUCUGCGCCCAUCUUCGAUCCGGAGAUGUGGGUUUGUUCACGCGCCGAAGACGUGCUGGCAAGCACUGCGCUGGUGGAGUCGGUUUCUGAAUGGAUAGGAGCUGCUGUUCUGUGCCUGCUCACUUUCUUCAUCGGGAAAAGGCGCGGGUACUUUUUACCACAUGGCUGCUCAUUGAAGCGAUAUGCCACGGACAAGGACGCGGCUGCAGUGGCAUACGAUGCGUUCAGAUCGCAUGCAGGCGUGGCAGUGCGAUCCAUUCUGUUCAACACUAUGGACAUGAUUUCUCCGGCAAUCUCUUUGGGCAUUGGCGUCACCGAAGCUGCCGUUUUCAACUUUUUUGCGGAGAUGGGCUUUAUCUCGUACACUGUGCCAAACUUAAUAUCUGCCGGUGCUAUGAUAUUGGGUCCCCGUCUUCUUGGACAGGGAAGAAUCGAUGAAUUCCGAAUGCUCGUGCACCUGCACCGCUGGAUUGCCCUGUUCUUCGGAGUUGCAUUUACCGUCUUCGCAUACCUUACUUCUGAAGUUUCGAUUUCCGAUGAGUUCACGAACAAGGUGGAUGGCUCGUUGUUCACGCCGUUGGCGGACGCAGUGUAUCCUGCCGCCAUCGUGCUGCAACCCUUCCUCGCCAUGAUCGGCGUCUACGGGCCUCUGCUAGUGGCCUGUCAGGGCUACGUAAGCUGGGGGAUUUUGGUGGCGGUUCUCUUCUUCCUGGUAUACCUGCCACCAACCAUCGCUGCAGCAGUUCUAGGAGACGUGCAUCUUCUCGUUUAUGCACAGCUGGCUUUCGCAAUUCUGCACUUCGUUGGCGUCUACUACUUGGUCCACUUCCGUUUCCUUCCAGCUGUUUGCGUCACCGAUGCGGCCACCCGCGCCGCGGUGCAGGACGGUGGCGCAAGCUGUAGCCACGUUAGCUGCUGGUGGCUCGGACCUUAA